AUGCGCCGGCAGUUACGUGUUUUUCUUGUUUCUCAGCGGCUGUCGAGGCUUCUGCUCGGUGCGGCUCCUGCGCUGCCCACAGCGCCUGCGGGCACAGGCGUCGUCUUCCACAGUCGAAUGCUCCCCGUGAAGUACGCGCUCAACGGUCCCAAGUGGAUUGCUGUCGUCGGCUCCGCGUUCACCGGCGUGUUCGCCGGACACUUCUUCUACAAAACCUGCGUCCUCAACAAGAACCCUCCCAACCCCCCCCGUGACCCCAACGAGAAGCCACCUGAGCGCCACCCGCACGCCCCUGCGGAUGAGUAG